AUGAGUGUGCUCCGGCCGCCCAUGUACCCGAACCAGCUCGACCGCCCCUUCGCCCCCGGCCGCGGCCAUGGCAAAACGGCGUCUUUCGGCCAGCUCUUCUCCGGACUCACGAGCCAGCGGGCCGCGCGCAAAGUCCGCUCCGAGUCGCCGCACCACGCCGUGCCGCCCGGGCCCCGGGCCCCCAAAAAACGCAGGUCCCACGACGACGGCCACGCCACGCACGGUGCCCCAGCCGGGGAGCCGUUGCCCGCAUUGAAAAGACCCCGGACCGUGCCCUCGCUGCCGAUUUCCAGCCGGGCCUGCAGCCCCAUGCACGUGCCGGUGCCCCCGCGGGCAGCCCUGGCCGGCAGCGUCACGUUGCCCAGUCUCAGCGACGCCUUGGGCCCGAUGCCCGACGUGGCCGCGGGCCGCAAGCCCAGCCCCAAGGCCCGCCCGCCAACGGUGUCGCUCGACUACUUCGACACGUACAUGCCCAACGACGAGCACUGGCGCUUCGGCUUGUUGGACUCGAUCCGCCACUCCAAGCCCGCGUUCUCGUUGGACAAGUACGCGUAUUUGAACCGGCACGCAUGCGGGCAGCCGAACCUUGCCGCCAAGCCGGGUCCUCCCGCCAAGCCGUGCUUCGACUCGCGCACCAGCUGCAAGGCCGUGCCGACGUUUGCGCAGCGCAAAAUCAACUUCCCCUACGAGUCCAGCUACACGUACUUGAACUCCACCUACCUCCACGACGUACAGAAGUUCCCGGAGUACAUGGAAUUGGCGCGCCUGCUAGUGCAGCUCUCGCGGCCGCCAGACGGCCUGCAGAGCCCCACCACGGAGGCCUGUUCUCUGGAGAGGCUCCCCACAAACGCCUAUUCUCUGGAGAGGCUCCCCACAAACGCCCAUGCCCACCCCCAGAAGCCCCCGAGCCCUCUGCACGCCGCCCAUCACGUGGGCUCGCUGUCCACGGCGCGCCCGCUUCCCCUGUUUUCGCUGGGAGCCCACGGCACGCCCCAACACUCGUUCGAGGGCCGGCAGCACGCACCCCACGCCGGCAGCCACGUGGCCUCGCACCGCACGCACUUCAUCCCCAUCACCCCGCCGUCAGUCAAGGACAAGACGCGGCUGGAGUUGAUGAAAUCGCCGCCCCGCCCGGCCCAGGGCUCGCUGCGCAUAUGCAUCUCCUGCGGCACAGACCUGUCGCCGUGCUGGCGGCCGUCCUGGAGCUGCCAGGAGGGCCAGCUUUGCAACUCGUGCGGCUUGCGGUACAAGAAGACCGCGGCCCGGUGCCUCAAAGCCGAGUGCAAGAAGAUCCCCGCCAAAGGCGAGUGGGCCCUCAUGCAGAGCAAGGGCACGACCACGUAUGAGGACGGUAAGCUGGCUUACGGGUGUCUCAGCUGUGGGGGGCAGGUCGAGCUCAAACGGUAG